AUGUCGAACCCUCCUCCUUCCUGCGUAGCCGACAAACACUUAACUAACGGAGGUGACGGGUAUAAGCUUGUCGUCAUAAAGGUUGGUACAUCUACUCUAAUGAAGCCCUGCCAGACCGUUGACAUGGCCAACAUGGGAGGUCUCGUCGAUCUCGUAGCGAGCAUUCAAAACCUGCCUCAUCAGAAUCACAGGGGAGAACGACACGUUGUCCGCACUCGUUGCGGUGAGCUGNNNNAUUAUAAGAAUCACUGCUUCCUCAUAGCUUUGGCCUGUGCGGCAAUGAGAGGGAGGAUGACUUCGCAGAGCUCUCAGAUCCAUGAAUAUAGGGCACGGCAGAUGGGUUUGCCAAUGCAUGCACCUACCUUCAUCAUGGCUGAUGGAGCCAUGGCAAUCACCAUUGCAGCAAACCUCAUCUUCCCGGGCGUGAAGCGUUGCAUGUGCUGGUUCCAUGUGCGUAAGAAUGUCGAGAGUAAAAUGGAUAGUCUGAAGAUCGACGCGAGAUUACGAUGGCAUCUUCUACGGGAUCUAUCAUACGUUCAGCUCGCUGUCACAUACGAGGCCUUUCAAGGCAUGUUCUCCUUAUUCAUGGAGGAGUAUCGACCGAGUGCACCUGAUGUCGUUGAUUACAUAAAGGAAAGUUGGAUUGAUCAUCCAUGGCAUAGCUGUUGGUACGAGGGAUAUGCCCCCCGCUUACCCUCGACCAACAAUGGACUUGAGUCUAUGAAUAACCAGCUCAAGAUAGCGGUGCAUCGCGAGAAGUUACCUCUCGGAGCCUUCUUCGGUGUGGUGACUGGCAAGGUUGUACGUGACUACAGUGAAGCAAUAGGCAAAGAUGCGACUGACCCUGGAAGAGUCUUUCAAUCGGCGGAUGACAUCAAGGUUACUAAGAAGCUCUUCAGGGAAGCUUAUUGUCAUCUAAAGGCGCUUAUUCUAUUGUCAUCUUCCUCAAAGGCGAGCUCUAAGGAAUUCACAGACUCCAAUAAGUAA